AAGAAAAUUCGAAAGAACGUGAAUGUGAGUUUUAAAUUUAACAGAACAAAAACGUUUUAAAUUUAACAAAACAAUAUUGUCUAAUAUAUAAUAAUUUUUCACGUUAUCAACUGUAAUAAACUUGAGAAGGUUAUGUUGUUUUAGCGGUUUUUGUGGAUAUUCUGUAAGAAAUGAAAUUUUUUGAAUUUUCGUAUAAGAUUACUCUUAUCACGGGAGUUUUGUAAUGCGAAAGAGUUGUUAAUUCACCUAUUUGUGUCCAUUGACGCAGUUUUAUCUACAAGUGAGGUUGCUAAACUUUGCAACAACGAAUCGCAACGUUCAUGGAUAAGACUAUUAAUUUCUCUAUAUUUAAAGAGAAGAUAAUUAAAACCAAUGAACUACUUGGUGUUCUCUUGGAGAAAAAUAAGACUUUAGACAAGACACAGCAAUGGACACAACAGUUAAAAUUAAAACUUCAAUUAGGGAAAAAUGAAAUUGCUAAAUUAAAGCUCAGAAAUGAAACCCUCUCAAGUAGUUUAAAAACAGUUGAAAGUAAUUAUAAAACCCUUGAAGAAGAACAUACUGAAUUAAAGAAGCAAUUUAGUAAACUGGAAUCUGAAUCAAGUAAAACUAUCAACAACUUACAAGUAAAUUAUCAACUUGCAAACCAAGAAUUGAAUGAAUGUAGAGUAAAGCUUACGAAUUUGGAGCAUGCAGAUGAUGUAAAUAACAAAUCAGGUAAAAAAAAGAAAGGGUCACCACUCAAAAAGAAAAACACAAAAGCGAAGGAUUGUGCCACACAAACUAAUGUUGUAUCUUACCAAGUUGUUCAAUGGCAAUCAGAAAAGGAAAAAUUACACAAUGAAACGGUGGAUCUUCAGCUGGAAGUAUAUGAAUUAAAAAAUAAACUUUCUGAUUUCCAAGCUGUUCAAGAAAUUGACGAUAAAUUAAAAACUAAUGAACAGGAGUUGGCAGAAAUAAAAAUUAAGUUUGAUGAAAGUAUUAAAAAUAAAGAUGUCGAAAUUAGUCAUCUUUUACAAAAAAUCAAGGGCAUGGAAAAUGAAAUUGAAAGGUUAAAAGAGGAUAAUUGCUCAAAUCAGGUUGAGUUAUCCCUAUUACAAAAAAAUAAUAUUGAUAAACAAGAUAAAGGCGUGCAAGUGGUGGUUAAGGAUACCAUUGUGAGUAAACAGCGGGAAGAAGGAUUGCCAAGUCUUGAGGGCAUCAGUGAACACAGAAAAACACCAAUUGAUGAAGAAGUUUGUGAUAUAUUGCAGAAAAUGACCAUUCCCUCUAGAGUAUCACCUUUAAGCAACCUACAAGAGACCACUGAAAAUUUACCAUCAGACAACAGUUGUGUAAAAGAAACACAUAGAUCGCACUAUAAAAAUAGGGUUGUAUCAGCGUGCAACACCAAUAAUUUAGUAACAAUUGUAAAUAAAAGACGACAUAUGUUGAGAAAGAAGAGACUAAUCGCCAAACAGAAAGCAAAAGUAGACUUACUUAGUGCACUGAUAGCUUUAAAGAAAGCAAACAUUAAUUUCGUCAUAAGCAACGAUUCCUUAAUACGUUCUAGUACAUAUUCUCCUCCACUUGCAACUGUGAAACCAUAUCCAAUUCGCGCGAAAUUGAAACCAGUCAAGAAAAACAAUUUCAAAAGAGUAACAAAAGAAUUAAAAUGUCCUUUAAUGUGUUGUACAGAAACUUACAUGGUGUUGAAAGACACUGACUAUGAAGAGCCAUCUCUUUUGGGAUUUGUUGAGGUCAAAAACGAAAACCCAUUACAGGAGAAGUGGGAUUUUGACAAAUCAUUACAAGAACCUUUGCAGUGUCAGAAAUUAAGAAAUAGCGAAGACUGCGUGGCAAGCGAUGAUCAAAACAAUAUUACUGUGGAAAAUGAACCUGUAGAAAUAGAAACAGUUGAAAAUAGAUUAUCAGAAGAAAACUGUAAUCAAAUUGUUAAAGUCACUUCAAAAAACACGCAAGUUCGGAGGAGUAAACGCACUAGAAGUUCGAUUAUUUCUGCCCUAAAAAAGCAAAAAUCCAUAACCAAUAAACGGUUGAGAAUGACGGACCCUGACUUACCAAGCCGAAACCAUACGAUCAUUAAUGAAGAAACGCCGAGUAAAAAUAGCGAAGUAACCAAAACAAACGAAGCACAAGAAAUUAUUUUCAAGAAACCGAUUACAACUGCCAAAUCGCUGAAAACCAAAUUUAAAAGGCCAGUUUGUAGGAGUCGGCGUUCGCCUCGGAUAGUUACACUACAGAUUGAAACUCGUAAUGAAAACAUACAAGAAAAGGCGGACGAAAAUGUUAUAUUGGAAAGUCCGAAGUCACCGGUUCAAGACGGCCCUUGCACCGCCGAAAACCCAGUAUUAAUCCCUCUAGAGAAAGCCCCAGAGAGUGAUGAAAAGUUACCGACUAGUAAGAUUGAAAUGCUUUUCAAUAAACUUAUUGUUUACGGAGCGGAAGAGGAAGCGUCGAAUGAAGUUGUGAGGGAGUUUUCGGGUCAAGAAGCCGACUAUAUUGCAGAGGCGAUUUUGGAGAGAAUUGCCGUUGAUUACCAUGACGCUCCUGAUACAAAAUACAACCCGGCGCCCCUUAUGACCGACGUUCAGCGGACAAUGUUGGGUUUUAUGUCAAAAUUGGAAAAAACAGGAGUAGUUGGUGUUUUUGACAGUUUCCUAACUCUGGCUGAACAAAGGUUAUUAACUUGUGACAACUUACAAGAGUUUGGUCCUAUCACGAGGCUCUAUCUUGCGAUUUGUAAGCUUCACAAAAAUUUAUAUAGGAUGCGUAGGUUAUGCUGUGAUGUGUUCUAUUUCUGUGGGGACUUUGCGGUGCCAUUUUUGUUCAGCGUUUUGACGUCAUGGACGGAAGUGUUGCCCCAUGAAACCAUCUCUAAAGAUAUGCCAAUAGCUAGGGUUCUUGUACAAAUUAUAUAUACAAAAAACUGCAACAAACCGGGAUACAAUUUAAUGCCAUUGAGGGAUUUAUUGAUUAAGUUUUAUGGAUAUCCAACAGAGAAGUGGGACGUUAAUGAGUUUUUUAAGGAUCUUUUUUACGCCUAUUUAAGAAACCCUGUCAGGUCUUCAGAUUUUGCGUUGCUGUUGUAUUGUAAAAAUCAACCCGAGAAAUGGGUGUAUGAGAAAAUUGAACAACAUAUGAAGCCUGUUGUUGCGCAAAUCCCUAAAGAAAAUUUUAAGGCCGCUGUGAUUAUUUUAAUCGGUAAUUUAUACAAUCGAUUCAGUUCCAAGUCGGAAGUUAAUUAUUUACCUAAAAUUAGAGAGUGGUUCAGAAGCUUACUAACAGAAACAACACCUGACGUUGUGAGGCGAAGUGUAUAUCUCUGCUUAAAUAGGCUCAAGAAGAAAUAAUUUGUAAGAAUACAAACACGAAAUAAAGAGGUAAUAAUUUUUCA